AUGAGCGGAAUCCAAUUUGUGAAAAUUGAAAAUGGAACCGUAACCAUCAAGUUUCAAAGUGGGUUAGAAAUAAGCUUCGAAACCAUUUGGCUAAGAGACCAUUGCAGAUGUACAACAUGCUAUCACGCAGACACCUUUCAGAGGGCCCAACAUUUAUUGAAUAUACCUGACUCGCAAAUUGCUGACAUGAAGUUCGAUAACGAGCAUGUUUAUGUGACUUGGGACGACAAACACGAAUCUGUUUACAAAGCGGAUUUCCUCGAACAAUUUGACUACAAGACGUGGGUAAGCAAAAGAAAAUCCAAAGCAUUGCUUUGGCGUGGUGAUGAAAUCGAAAAGAAAAUCAGCAAAGUACCACUCAAUGAUUUUCUCCACACUAAAAAUGGAGCGCGUGAUGUAUUUAAGUCCAUUCGAGAUUAUGGAAUUGCCAUGAUCGAAAACGUGGAGCCAACGAUGAAAGCCACAGAGGAAGUGGUUACCGCCUUAGGCGGUGUGCAACACACAAUGUUCGGUGGCAUGUGGUUUGUGUACGUUAAGCCCGAACAUGCGGAUACUGCCUAUACUAACAUCGCAUUAGCAGUUCACACGGAUAACACAUAUUUCACAGAAGCGGCGGGUCUACAGAUUUUCCACGGUAUGGAACAUACGAACGGGACUGGCGGGGAAACCAUUUUGGUGGAUGGGUUUUACGGGGCUAAGCGUUUGGAAGUGGAAUUUCCUGACGACUAUAAAUUUCUUACGACAUUUGAUGUUGACGCUGAAUUUUUAGAAGAUGGACACCACUACAAUUAUACAGCACCUGUUAUAAUUGUCGAUAAAAUGAAUGAAAUCAGGCAAAUAAGAUUUAACGUAUAUGACCGCACGCCCAUGGCUUUCUCUAGCCGAGAAGAAUGUAGAACUUAUUACCGAGCACUUAAAAACUUAUCAAAGUACUACGAGGAUCCUUCACACCAAUGGCAAAUUAAACUCCAACCAGGUACCGUUAUUGCAAUUGAUAACUUUCGUGUACUUCAUGGCAGAACUAGUUUUACUGGCGAUAGGGUAUUAUGCGGAAGCUACGUAUCCCGUUCAGACUGGUUAGAUAAAGCACGCAAUUUACAAGUAACAGGA